CUUGUCAGAAGGCAUAAAUAGCUAUCUAGGUCUCAAUUAUCGGAGUCAAAAACCCCUAGUUUUGUAAUCCACACACUUUCUUCUCGACUACCCUUGUCCCUACCUCACUUAAAAUAUGGCUUCUUCAACCGAUGAGACUUGGUACCUGCCAGCUGACACAGCUCCGCACCAGAGCCUUCUUAUGGCUUACCCCAAUACUACAUCUGAUAAUACUGGCAGUUUGCUUGAAAAUGCACAAGACGAAAUAAUCAGCAUUGCAAAUGCCAUUGCAGAAUUCGAGCCUGUCAUACUCUUAUCGAGCUCUGAAACUCUAGCAAGAGUCAAAUCCAGAGUGAAUCAGAAUGUUACCGUCCUGUGCGUUGAGCAAACGAGCCAUCUGUGGAUUCGAGACUUUGGCCCAAUUUUUGUUAAAUCUCGGAGCGGAAAAUCCAUCCGUGGGGUCGAUUUUAACUUCAACUACUGGGGAGCAAAACGUUCACCAUCUGGAGACGAAUUUAUCGCCAAAAUCGCGACCGAGCAUAUUACUGGUGGCGCCAAUUUGCGUGCGGAUAUUGUUGCCGAGGGCGGUGCAAUGGAAGUCGACGGUGAAGGUACUUUUAUGGCCGCUGAAAGUGCUAUUAUCAAUGACAACAGGAACCCCGGCAAGACCAGAGGCCAGAUUGAGGAUGAGCUGGCACGGCUGUUGGGGGUUCAUAAGUUUCUUUGGCUUGCCGGCGAGGUUGGUAAGGAGACAACGGACUGUCACAUCGACGCCCUGGCGCGAUUUGUCCGUCCCGGAGUUGUUCUCUUGAGCAAGCCAUCACCUCAAGGUACCGGAAAAUAUAUGGCCGCAUACGCGGACGCCAAGGCGAGGUUAUCUACAGCUACUGACGCCCUAGGCAAUAAAUUAGUGUUACAUGAUUGCCUUGAGCCUGAUUUAGACAAGCUGGAAAACAUUUCUAAAGGAGCGAAUUGUGUAGCUUCCUAUGUCAACUUCUUGGCUGUCAACGGAGGGAUCAUAAUUCCUCGAUUCGGCGACGAGGACAGAGACCUUCAAGCUUUUCAAUUAUUCGAAACACUGUUCCCUGAUCGGAAAGUUGUACAGGUUUAUAUUCACGCGCUACCACAUAUAGGGGGAGGAAUCCAUUGUGCGACUCAACAGGUCCCUGCCCUUGCUUAAUCUAUUGAACCUAACUAGGACUAUUUUAAAUAAAAUCAAUAUUAUUAUAACACAAGGCAAACAUAAAUGGAAAUUGCCUGUUUCAUAUAGCGAUACCUAUAUCAACAAAUCUAAGCCAAGGAGCCUAUAUCAAACAUACCAGGGAAGGCG